CAUUCAUGCUGAUUCAUCCCUAUUCAUUCAACUAUAAAAUCAAGCACCAAAAACUAAUCAUGAUUGGCCCCCUGCAAACAAUUAAAAACAAAGAAAAAAGUAUACCAUUUCCCCGUCGCAAUCCCAUCAUGCAAAUCUGCAGCUGCAUUGUAAUUUGUGCCUCAAAAAUGGUUUUUUCUGGCUAUGGAGAAACGAAACCAAGAACACUCUGUUGUAUUUUCUCCAAAAGUUUGAAUUUUUUUUCACUAAGCUCCAGACAACAAACAACACCACGUGUCCACUCCCCCUACUUUAUGCGUACAUCAAAAUUCACAUCUCAAUUUGCAGUGUUCUCUUCUCUCUCUUAGGUCCUUCUCUCUCUCUUUCUCUUUUUCUCACACCGCGGAAAUAUACAGACGUGAAUACCAAUACAAGGGAGGAGAAAAAGAUAGUGUUAUUAGUCAAUUGAAUUGGAAGUUUGAAACUUUUUAAAAUUCCCGACGGAACCCACGUCGCUGUUUUACCAAAGAAUGGAAUAUUUUGCCCUUUCCAUUUGCUUAUUCACUGGGUUCCAAUUAGAAUGCCUUCUUUUUCCAUAAUUGGGUUGAUUUUUUCCUUUUCCCCUUUCUCAUUCCUGGGUUUUAAAGGGUUUUAACUUUUGAGGCUGAGAGGUGAGCGAGGAAUUAGAUAUGGAUGUGGCUGCAAUUAGCGAAGAAGAAACGGUUCUAGAGAUUGGGGUAGUACUUCCUAAGAGGAAAAACAAUACAGAUAUUGACAAUGGCGAUUGUAUUGAGGUUCUUACCGGUGAAUUCCAGAACAUGGGUUUGAUUGUGGAAAGGGUUGUUGGCUUCCAGAGUGAAAUUCUCAAGUUGGGGGCACCUACAAAGAUUCUUGGGAAAGCAGCAACUGAAUUGCAGUUGAAGAAACGAACUCAUAUUGGUGAAAUUUCCCUCUACUUAUUUGUUUAGAGCAGUGAGAAAGGCUGAAGUUCAUUUUCAUAAUUGACAAACUGCCUUGGUUUUCAGGAAUGGAUCUACAAUUUCAUAUGGAUGAAAUCGAUGCUUUCAUUAGGCAACCUGAUGGUUCCUUAUUCAGUUGGCAUGAGCGUCUUCGCUGUUACCAGCAUAUAUUAUAUGAUACUGUGAAAGUGAACAAACCUGCUAUGAAAUUCAAAUGUGGUGACAAAGAGGUAUGUUGGGAGAUGGGAGAAUCCAUACUUAGGAAGCUGGAAACUGAAGGCAUAGUUAAAGAAAUCUUCCCUCUGCAUGAUGACGUAAUGCGCAAGCAGCUUGUGAAAAGUUGGGCACUCAACUGGUGGGACUUCACUGAGCAACCCAUUGAUGAAAUAUGUUCUUACUUUGGGAUGAAGAUCGCCAUAUAUUUCGCGUUUCUCGGAAUGUACACGCGUUGGCUUUUCUUUCCAGCUGCUUUUGGACUUAUUGUGCACUUGAUUGACUUCGGAUGGUUGCAGUUUUUUGUUCUCCCGGCUUUCUUUGUAUGCCUAGUCACAUGGGCAGUACUAUUUUUCCAAUUUUGGAAACGGAAAAACUCGGCUCUUUUAGCCAGAUGGCAAGUAGAUCAAACACCUGGAGCUGGUCGCGAUUAUAAAGCAUUUGAACUGGAGUGGAGUCUGUUCCAGUUUCCUUCAGAUCAUAUAAAGAAAUAUGGAUCUGAGAAGAUUACAGAAAAAGAAGCGUUUCAAAGAGAUGAAUGGUUUGGAAGGUUCAUGAGAUAUCGGAAUGAUUUUGUUGUUAUACUUAGCAUCAUAUGUCUCCAACUUCCUUUCGAGCUGGCUUAUGCCCAUUUUUAUGCGGUUAUUGAGUCUGACCUUCUAAAGUUUGGUCUUACGGUGGUUUACCUCUUGUCGAUUCAGUAUCUCACAAGAAUUGGUGGGAAGAUAGCUGUGAAGCUCGUUAAUCGUGAAGCAAGCAAAAAUGUGGAGUAUAGAGCUGAUAGCUUAGUUUACAAGGUUUUUGGGCUGUACUUCAUGCAAUCAUAUGUUGGCCUUUUCUAUCAUGCUGUUUUGCAUCGGAAUUUAAUGACCCUUCGCCGAGUUUUGAUUCAAAGGCUUAUAUUCUCUGAGGUGGUGGAGAAUCUGUUGGAAAAUUCGAUACCCUAUUUUAAGUACAAAUUAAAGAAAUUUAGAGCCGUUCGAUUUAAGAGGAAAUGCGACAGAGGAACAGUUACAGGAAAGCUUCCCAGGGUAGAGAAGGAGUUCCUGAAGCCUACUUACUCUGCAAGCAUCUGCGAGGAGCUUGAGGAUGGCUUGUUUGAUGAUUUUCUAGAAUUGGCAUUGCAGUUUGGAAUGAUUAUGAUGUUUGCCUGUGCUUUUCCCCUUGCCUUCACUUUUGCAGCAUUGAACAAUAUCACAGAAAUAAGGACUGAUGCGCUUAAGUUGCUGGUGAUGUUAAGAAGGCCUGUUCCCCGGCAUGACGCUACUAUUGGAGCGUGGCUCAAUAUAUUUCAGUUUCUAAUUGUGAUGUCAAUAUGUACCAACUGUAUACUCCUGGUGUGCCUAUACGACCGGGAAGGGGAAUGGAACAUAUCUCCUGGACUUGUUGCAAUCCUCGUCAUGGAACAUGCCCUUUUGCUGAUUAAGUUUGGGUUCUCCCAUUUUGUUCCUGAGGUAAAAUUUGUUGCCCCCGGUGGGUAUUUCUAGUAGUAUUAGACACAACCCAAAUUGUCACCUUUAGAAUUCAAAAUAAUUUUAAGAAGUGCAAUAAUCGUCUCAAUGUGUUUCAGGAGCCGACAUGGGUUAGAGCCAACCGGAUGAAGAAUACUACUCAGGCACACGACAUGUGCUCAAGGGAACUUUUGAGGAGUAUCUCUGGUGGUAAGAAGAUGUUCAAAGAAAUAGAAAAGGAAGAAUGAGAAAGAAACUGUGGCAACUUAAGGCCAACCUUUCUUUUCCAUUUACCAGAAACUACAACUGAAAGAUGUUCUAGAUGUGUUAGUGGGUUCUGUGUUCGCCCCAAAGUCGUACAUUUCAGAGUCGAUUGAGUACAGUUGUGCUGACGCUCUGUAUCAGUGUACAGAGCGUAGAAAACAAAAAUUAGUUGUUUUCGGAUACAUCAAAAAUGAAUUCUGCUUGUCCUUUGUAUAGAUAGAUAUUCGUGAAUUGUUGUAGAUUUUCAAGAGUAGAAUUUUGGGUUAGGUUGCAAACUGAAGAUCUGAUAUUAUCUCAGUUGUCUCUGUCUUACAUGCUUUACAGCUCGAAAGAGGAACAAAUAGGAAGAGCAAAAGAAUAGUUGAUGAAUGAGCUAAAUGAAACAAGUUUUUGUCUGAUUAUUUGUUCAGAAACUUUAGAGAGGAACCAUGUUGCUCCAAUGCAGUAGGAUAUUAACAUUCAC